AUGUUCAGUGAUCUUGCUUCAAACCUACACAAGGGUCUCUUCACACGUUCGCCAGUGGACUGGAAUAAGUUCAUUUAUAAUAUGCAGAAGCUCCGGAUGUUGAUGCUCUUGAGUUCAUGGCUUGGCAUGCACUAUGUUGAAUCUUCCCUGGAGGCGCAAAGUAUCCCUGUCACCAUUGCUAAGCUCAAGACUCAUCAGGUUGCCCUGUUCAUGGCCAGCGCCAUCAAAGAAAUGGCAGUGGUGAACAAAAUGGCUAUGGCGCACUUUUUUAAACAUGCCUCAUCUCUCACCAAUCAAUGA